GGCGCUGCUAUGCUCAUGCAGCCCUCCAUUGCUCAUCCUGGCGAGAGCCCUGAGCAGCACGCGAAGGAUAUGGCCGAACGCAGGUCUUACCUGGACUCGCACAAGCGCUCCCUCGCCCACUGCGCCGACAAGCUCAAGGCACGUGGCAACGACAUUGCUAUGCACCAGCGCCGCAGUGCUGCGGUUGAGAAGCUGCGCGCAAAGAGGUCCAUCGAAGCCUCGAAGCCCUUCCUCCGUGCCCGCGAUGUUGACUCUGUGCUCGCCACCAGCCACUUGUCCAACAUGACUGGCAUCACCGCCGACACCGACCCCGAUACUCUGUUCUCGGGCAAUGCGUCCUGCAUCUUGACCCCAGAGGUUACCCAGGGCCCUUACUACGUGUCUGGCGAGUACGUUCGCGAAGACAUGUCCGAGGAUCAAGAGGGUGUUCCCCUUACACUCAACAUCCAGCUCAUCGAUGUCAACACGUGCGAGCCCGUCCCCUCCAUCUACCUGGAGUUGUGGCACUGCAACUCCACUGGUGUGUACUCCGGUAUUUCCGCCAGCGGUAACGGUGAUAGCACCGACACGUCCAACCUUAACAACACGUUCCUGCGUGGUAUCGCACAAUCGGAUGACAGCGGUGUGGUGGUCAUGCAGUCGGUAUUCCCUGGUCAUUACACCAGCCGUGCUACUCACAUCCACGUGUUGUCCCACAACGCCGAGAGCACGGUCCUCGCCAACGAUACACUUACCGGUAACACCGUCACCCAUGUUGGUCAGGUAUUCUUCGACCAGGAUCUCAUCACUCUUGUCGAGACCCAGGAGCCAUAUGCCAGCAACACCCAGGAACUCACCACCAACGCAGAUGACUCUAUCCUCAGUGAGGAGGCUGCAACUGUUGACCCGGUCGUUGAGUACGUUCUUCUCGGCGACGACAUCUCUGAGGGUGUCUUUGGAUGGCUCGCUUUUGGCAUUGAUACCACCAACGCCAUGAACGUUACAGGUGCUGCAACCCUGACCGCGAACGGUGGCGUCGCCAACGCCGACUCUGGCAUGGGCGGCGGCGGUGGAUCUGCUCCUUCCGGUAUGAUGCCUUCCGGCGGCAUG